CAGACGAAACUAAAAUAAUAAAAAUGAAAAAUAAAAUAUACUUGUCACUUUGAUUAUACAUGCACCCGUAGCAGACACUCGCUGCCCGUACACAGUACACCCUGUCAAUUCGUCAAGUGGCUAUUAGUAAAUGCUGCUACGCUGCAGUGCUCCGCUAGUCAGUAGCCACACCAACCCCACACCACCUCGCAUUCAGCUUGCAAGUGCAACUUGCUUCGCUUGCUCACACGCGGAGCAGAGGAACAGGAUGGCCGGACUCGUUUGACCCUCCCUCCCUCCCUGUCCCAAAAGCCAACAUGCCGAUACAAAAAAGAGGAGCUGCUGAUGAGCUCAUGUGACUGAGACAAGAGUAGACCAUGGCGAUGGGGAGCGGAGGCGCGGGCGACGAGGAGCGGCUGCCGCUGCAGCAGCAGGGGCUGGAGACGGAGAGGGCGGCCAGGUCGUCGGCGGCGGAGGCGAAGAAGCCGCGCAGGCUCUGGCGCUUCGCGCUAGCGGUGUGCUUCCUGGCCGUCCCGGCCGUCCUGCUCCUGCAGCGGUGGCAGGCCGGCGCCUCGCCGGAGUGGCUCUUCGAAGUUCAGCCCCCGGCGGAGGACGACCGAGAUAUACAAGAUGAUAUGUCUGAUGAUCUAUCUCCUUCGCCACAUAUUGAGGACGAUAAACUUCUGGGUGGCCUUCUGAUUGAGGGAUUUGAGGAAAAAAAUUGUCGAAGCAGGUAUCAGUUUGCACGCUACCACAAUUCAACAAGAAUACCUUCUCCAUACCUCAUAGAGAGGUUAAGGAAACAAGAAGCAUUGCAAAAAAAGUGUGGUCCAGGCACUAAAUCGUACAAGGAAGCCUCGAAACAGCUGAGGUCCGGUCAGGGCAUCAACCUGACAGAUUGCAACUAUCUGUUCCUAAUAAUCCACGCUGGCUUAGGGAACCGGAUGCUUGAGAUCACUUCAGCAUUCCUUUAUGCACUCCUUACAAACCGGGUUUUGCUUGUGGACCGUUACAAGGAGAUUGCUGACCUUUUCUGCGAGCCUUUCCCUGGAACUUCAUGGUUAGUUCCUUCAGAUUUCCCCCUGAACUAUGGAGAGUAUACUCAGAGUAGUCCAGAGAGCUAUGGCAACAUGCUGCAGAAUAAAGUUGUCGGUGGCAAUACAGAUAGGUCUUUGGCUGGUACUAGACCUGCCUAUGUGUACCUCCACCUUGAUGGCAACUAUGGUUUCCAUGACAAACUUUUCUUCUGUGAAGAUGACCAACAAUUCCUGCAAGGUGUUCCAUGGCUGAUCAUUAGAACUGACAUGUACUUUGUGCCGUCACUGUUUCUUAUUCCAUCUUACCAAGAGGAACUCAGCAGGCUAUUUCCUGAGAAAGACACCGUUUUCCAUCACUUGGCACGCUAUCUUUUCCAUCCGACAAACAAUGUUUGGUAUUCAGUUACAAGAUACUACCGGUCCUACCUUGCCAAAGCUGAUAAAAAAGUGGGAAUCCAGAUCAGAAUAUAUGAAACCAAGGGCAUCUUGCAAAGAAAUGGCCCGUUCCCACACAUUUUGAAUCAGAUCCUUUCAUGUGCUCAGAAUGAAAAGCUGCUGCCAGAAAUUAGCAUGACAGAGGAAGCAACAACUGCAACUAAGAAUAACCGAACGAUUGCCGUUCUGACUACUUCUUUGAGCUCUUGGUACAGUGACCAGAUCCGGAAGAAGUACGAUGAGCACCAGACAAUCGACGGCACCACUGUCAAGGUGUACCAGCCAAGCCACGAGGAGUACCAGAGGUCCAUGAACAAGAAGCACAACAUGAAGGCACUUGCCGAGAUCUAUCUACUGAGCAUGACCGAUGUGCUGAUCACCAGUGGUUUUUCCACAUUCGGGUAUGCCGCUCAGGGACUUGCCGGCCUGAAGCCAUGGAUCAUGUUCAGGUCAGAGAACCACGUCAUGCCCGAUCCACCGUGCGGCCGCGCCAUGUCCAUUGAACCGUGCUUCCAUAAGGCUCCCUACUACGAUUGCAAGGCGAAGAGGGACGCUGACUUGGGCAAGGUGGCGCCUUUCGUGAGGCACUGCGAGGACGUGAGCUGGGGGCUGAAGAUUGUAAAUCAAACUCAGUUGUAGCUGUAAUUUUGUCAGUACUCAGGACAUACUUGCGCGAUAACUAGAGCAAAAUUCUUUUUUUUGGGGGCAAAAAAACCUAUACAAAUGUAUUCUUUUCUCUCUGUAUUUGGUCCAAGUGUAGAUAGUUGAUAAACAGUUCCAUGAAUUUCUAAUCAAUGAACAUUGCAUUCUCGGGCAUUA